GUAAAAGAAACAGAAGGAGAAAAGUAAAAUAGAUUUUCAUUCACUGUUAUCGACUGUUUUCAUUCUUUUGCUGUUUGACAACAAACCACGCAGUUGGAAUAUGUUUUCUUUGUUUUAAUCGCCUCUUUGUUCACAUUGAUAUAUAUUUGGCAUUCCAUUCAAGCACCGUUGCCCACGUUGACACGCUUCUUCGCACGGCACGUUGGACACCAGGCUAUUGCGCUAGCUGCUCGCUAGCCUUUACAGCUAACCUACUAGCCGUGUGUCAAUUGAACACACGGUGAAGCCUGCGGGCCUUUCAUGUGGAGAUUCUGCAGAAAAAAACGCUGAGUUGGUUCCCCAUCAAGUGAAGAGCUGCAUUUUGUCAUUUUUCAGAGAAAAACUACUUUGUGUCCGGGAAAAUAUGGAAGCCCCUCCUGUUUCAGUGAUGCCGGUCACCGGAGGAACGAUCAACAUGAUGGAGUAUCUGCUGCAAGGCAGUGUGUAUGACCAAGCACUAGAAAGCCUCUUGCAUCGCCUUCGAGGUCUGUGUGACAACAUGGAACCUGAGACUUUCACAGACCAUGAACUGGUUUAUCUUCUGAAAGGCCAACAAGGGAACCCUUUCAUUCUGCGUGCCCGGCAGUCCCUCUCCCACCCCACAUCACCAUGGCACCUACGCUACCUAGGCCAACCGGAAGUGGGAGACAAGAGCCGUCACGCCCUGGUGCGUAACUGUGUUGACGUGGCGGCCUCUCACAGCCUGCCGGAGUUCCUCAAUGAGAUGGGCUUCCGCAUGGACCACGAGUUUGUCUCCAAUGGGCACAUGUUUCGCAAAGGUGCAAUGAAAAUUGUGGUUAGCAAGCUGUCACGCAUCCUGGUACCGGGUAACACGGACAACACGGAACGUCUAUCACUUUCAUACCUGGUGGAGCUGAGUGUGUUGUCUCCUGCUGGCCAGGACAACAUGUCCGAGGACAUGCGCAGCUUUGCUGAGCAACUUAAACCACUGGUUCACCUGGAGAAGAUUGACCCAAGCAAACAGAGACAUUGAAUGACAUACUUUUUAGAGGGUCAAGUCAUCUCUGGCCCCCCAUGGACAAACAUUUUUUUUGUGUGUAAUAACAUUUGAACUGAAAUUAAAUGCAAUUCAAUUUUGACUUCACGAUUACCCUUCUGGUCAAUUUGUUAUGUGAGCUAGAAAUGACUAGUCAGACAAUAUUCUUGUAUUUCAUAAUUUACCACCAAAGCGUGGUCACGGAUGUUUUGAAAUGGUAACUGUAAUCAGUUGUUUUAGUUUGUAGUGCACAGGUUUGGUUAAACUCAUUGCUAUUUCAUCUGCGUUCUUACACGCUUGAUGCAUCAGGAUGCUUGUCUACUGCACAGCGAAAUUGACUGUUUGCUAAAGAAAUAAUAGUGAUGUGUCUGGGAAUAAAAAGAAAAACAAAUAAGUGUUGAAAAAACAACCACCGGGCAAGCUGGAGUUGUUAUAUGAAUUAAUUGUUGCAUCUUUACUUUUAUUUCUCAUGGUGGCUUUGAGCCUUUUUAUUUAUUUCAUUGGCUUAAGUUCUCGAUUCUGAUCCUUUAUGAUUUCAUUAUCUCUGUGGCAGGUUUAACACCUAAAAAACACAUUGUUUUCUAUCCAAUUUCAAAUGGCAUUUUCCUGAAGAAAUGAUUUGUGUGAAUAAACGUUCUCCCACUA